CAAAACGAGUUCGACAUGGACCACUCGAACAUUGACAAUGUAAAUGCGAGGGCGCUUGAAGAUGCCCGUCUCCCACCGAGGACUAACGAGAAGAUUGCAUACAGCCCAGAUGAUGCAGCAACUUCAUCCAAGCGCGAACACGAAUUCAACAACACCAAUCACCUUGAAGCAUUUGAGUUCUGGGUCCGGAGUGGGGAGUGGAAGAAAUUCUUUCCUUUUGGAGAGUUGGUCCCCAUCAACAGUGAGGAGGUCAACAACUUUGGUCGUCCUACCGAAUCUCGCGCGACCAGUGAUGCGCAAAUGGGCCGCUCUCGUUCCCUCCCCAACUUCAACACGGCCAGAUUCAACCAGGGUCAGGCCCUCACUACCCAGGACUACGACAUUCCAGGUCCGACCCAUCACCCCGGGAUGCUCAACGGCUUUCCUCCGGCUCACGACUCCGGAACCGUCCACAGCUCUGACCCGGUAAACAACAACGGAAUGGUCGACGGAUUUGCUCACACCAGCAACGCAGCCGUCGUCCAGGCCAAUCCACAUGCCGGCCCCGCCGGUGUUCAGGAACAGGUACCCCUACCCUCGUGCAGCGAGUGCAAGUCGCACCCCGUCUAG